ACAGAGGAUAUGCAGUUCAUGUGACUCUGCUGUGUUCUACCGAAAAUGUGACAAUCAUCUCACGUGACUCUCGUGUUAUCGAUUUUUCAGUUUUGUCUAUUCUUUCAUAGUUAGUGGUGAGAGGUAAAUAAGAGUCCUUUGUUAGAGCAAUAUACAAAGUGAGACUUUGAAAGCAAGAAGCUAAGGAUAAAGUAGUUAGAAAUGCCCGAGUUUUGCGUGACAGGAGGUACUGGGUUCAUUGCAUCGCACUUAAUUAAGAUCUUAUUAGAAAAGGGUCAUACGGUGAGGACCACCGUGAGAAACCCAGAGGAUGUGGAGAAGGUUGGUUUUCUGAGCGAACUUAGUGGAGGCAAAGAAAGACUGAAGAUUUUGAAAGCAGAUCUCUUAGUAGAAGGAAGCUUUGAGAAGGCAGUGACAGGAGUUGAUGGUGUCUUUCAUACGGCUUCACCUGUGCUUGUUCCAGUCGACGAGAACGUUCAGAAGAAUUUGAUUGAUCCAUGCGUAAAAGGAACUUUGAACGUGCUUAACUCCUGUUUAAAGGCAAAUGUGAAACGUUUUGUGCUCACUUCUUCUUGCUCUUCCAUAAGAUACCGUGAUGAUGUGCAACAACUGGGUCCUCUUAAUGAAUCUCAUUGGACAGACCUAGAGUACUGCAAACGCUACAAUUUAUGGUAUGCAUAUGCAAAGACGGUGGCAGAAAGAGAGGUUUGGAGAAUAGCAAAAGAAAAUGAAAUUGAUGUGGUUGUGGUUAAUCCAUCUUUCGUUGUUGGUCCACUCCUUGCACCACAACCAACAAGUACACUCCUCUUGAUACUUGCCAUUGUCAAAGGCAUGAAAGGGGAAUAUCCUAAUACAACAGUGGGGUUUGUCCACAUAAAUGAUGUUGUAGCUGCUCACAUGUUGGCUAUGGAGAAUACCAAUGCAUCUGGAAGGCUUAUUUGUUCAAGCACAGUAGCUCAUUGGUCACAAAUCAUUCAAAUGCUUCGUUCCAAAUAUCCCUCCUACCCAUUUGAAAACAAGUGCAGCAGCCAGCAGGGAGAUGAUAACCCACACAGCAUGGACACCACUAAAAUUACUCAGUUGGGGUUUCCUCCAUUCAUAACCCUAGAUAAAAUGUUUGAUGAUUGCAUUACAAGUUUUCAAGACAAGGGCUUUCUGUGAUAUGUGACAGUUGAUACGUUUAAUGCUUAGCAUGAAACAAAAUAAAGAAAUAUAAUUAAAUAAAAUAACUUAUAUAUUA